CUUUUUCUCCCCGUUCCCAUCUUCCCCAGCCUGCCUGCCAUCGCCAUCCCUUGGUUUCAGCAUCGCACAAUUACAAUCGAUCGCCCCAGCAUCUUGCUAUUCGAAUCUUCGAUCAAGCGAUACACAGCAUUCCUUGCUUGCACCGCACCAUAAUCCUCUUGCUGGCCAACUAGCCCACAACGGCCACGCUGAAACACCCAGAUUCCCUACUGCAUGCGGUCCAGUGGAUAUUUUUCUCUGGCGACUGCGACUCUCUUCAUCGAUCUAACGCGCUUUUGAUCGACAUUUCGACGGCCCUUUCAUGUCAUAAGGAUACGCAGUGAUUCGAUUUACUCAUCACUGCUAUUUGACGCCGUUUGUUCCCUUGCCGUUCAUCAACACCGCGUUGCCGCCCUAGCCGCUCCCUCGCGAUGGAGUCUCUUCAACUCUCCCAGGUCCUUGCGGAUUUGAGCAACCUUGGAGCUGCUGAGCCCGAGGCUGCAAAUGCCAUCGUCCGAGCGAACGCCCCCAUCGUCAAACCGGAUCUGGCACUCGAGGCUAGUACUUCUUCCACGUCUAGUCGACCUAGAAACUCGCGCAGGACGUGGUCUAAUGAGGCCGGCGCGCCGCCCAAGUUUGAUAAGCUUGGUCGCCGAAUCUUGAGCGCUGGCCCUGGGUCAGCUGCUGGUUCUGGCACUGGCACACCACGACGCACAGAUUCCGAUGCCGACGAUGAUCUUGAACGAGCCUCGACUCUGAUGGCCCUCUACGAUAUCCGAGCCAAGCUCAAGCAACAGGAUAACACCAGCCUCAUACGUGCACGCGAGAAGAUCAAUGCACUUGCUUCCCGACAGCAAGCUGCCGAGCGCAACAUGAAGACGACUGAAGAGCUGCGACGCAACCGAUAUUCGUUUUCCAAGGCUGGUCUUUAAUUAGGUGCCUUGCAGCAUCACGGCAUUCACAGUACGCAUUCUGAUUGUAGUAAGCUAUUUGCUGGUACACACUCACAAUACCUUUGGUGAUGGGAGUACGACGUUUUACGAAUUGGGAUUUGAUUUUUCUAUAUCGCACGGCGCAAUGGCGUUUUAUGAGCCUCUUUUUCAAGUUCCGAGUUUGGACGCACUCUUUGGGUUGUUGAUGACGGAUCACUAUCGGUCUCUUUCAAGCGGAUUAAAAGCUCUGGAAUUAUUCGUGUACAAUACCCGAACCUACCUAUGAAGAUGUAAUAGAACCACUCUUUAACAGCGUAUAAUAUAUAGUUGCUUUGUAGAAUGAUGCAGCAUAGAUGGGGUUACAUCGCAUGCAUCCGACAAAGAGUGAAUGAGCCCAACUAAGCCACAAUAACAUGUUCUAGAAAUUCAUCUAAUCGUGGAUUCCAAAUCUGGGGCAAUGCUCCGAUAGCAGCAGCCUUACAAAUAC